UAAUCCUUCCCAAUAUGCCAUUCUGUACAGAUGUUCCACUGUGUCCCUCAUUCAGUUUGAACUUUGACCAUAGCCAGAUAUUGCUGUGGAAUAAUAACCUGCCAAGAUAUGGGGCCGUAGUAAAUAUAUAUGUGGACACCCCUUCAAAUGAGUGGAUUUGGCAAUUUCGGUCACAACCAUUGCUGACAGGUGUAUAAAAUAGAGCACACAGAGCUCAGUGAGUUUCAGCGUGGCACUGUCCUAGUAUGCCACCUUUCCAACAAGUCAGUAUGUCAAAUUUCUGCCCCACUAAAGCUGCCCUUGUCAACUGUAAGUGCUGGAAACGCCUUGCAACCAUUACAGCUCAGCCGCAAAGUGGUAGGCCACGCAAGCUCACAGAACGGGAGUGCUGAAGCGCGUAACAAUCGUCUGGCCUCAGUUGCAACGCUCACUACUGAGUUCCAAGCUGCCUCUGGAAGCAACGUCAGCUUCAAGAAAUGGGUUUCCAUGGCCGAGCAGCAGCACACAAGCACUAGAGCUCCAUGAACAUGUUUAUCCCUAACAUUUUUAGAAGCAUUAGACCAGAACCUUGAUACUGUUUGAACAUUAGUCAUGAAGAUUAGGCUAUUUUGCGAUGCCAAGCGUCGGCUGGAGUGGUGUAAAGCUCGCCGCCAUUGGACUCUGGAGCACUGGAAAGGCGUUGUCUAGAGUGAUGAAUCACGCUUCACCAUCUGGCAGUCCGACGGACGAAUCUAGCUUUGGCGGGUGCCAGGAGAAUGCUACCUGCACCAAUGCAUAGUAACAACUGUAAAGUUAGGUGGAGGAGGAAUAAUGGUCUGGAGAUGUUUUUCAUGGUUUGGGCUAGGCCCCUUAGUUCCAGUGAAAGGAAAUCGUAACGCUUCAGCAUACAAUGACAUUCUAGACAAUUCUGUGCUUCCAUCUUUGUGACAACAGUUUUGGGAAGGCCCUCUCCUGUUUCAGCGUGACAAUGCCCCCAUGCACAAAUGAGGUCCAUACAGAAAUGGCUUGUCAAGAUCGGUGUGAAAGAACUAGACUGGCCUGCACAGGGCCCUAACCUCAACCCCAUCAAUCAACUUUGGGAUGAAUUGGAACGCUGACUGCGAGCCAGGCCUAAUCACCCAACAUCAAUGCCCAACCUCACUAAUGCUCUUGUGGAUGAAUGGAAGUAAGUCCCCGCAUCAACGUUCCAACAUCUAGUGAAAAGCCUUCCCAGAAGAGUGGAGGCUGUUAUGGCAGCAAAAGGGGUAACAAAUCCAGAUUAAUGCCCAUGAUUUUGGAGUGAGAUGUUGAACGAGCAGGUGUUCACAUUUUUGGCCGUGUAGUGUAUCUAAUCAAUGGAAGAUGUAAUUGACGGAAUUAAAAGUUAAAGGAUAGACUACAAGGACCAAGAGCCAACAGGAAAGCAACCAGUAAUGAUGAUAAAGGCGAAAAGAACGAGCCCACUGCUGCCAAGACCAAGAGGGAAGCAGACAACGACGGGACAGAUGAGGUGGUGUUCGGGAAAAAGGCCAAGCUGGAGACUGUCUCUACAGAGGAGAUCAAUCUUGCAGACUGCAUGCCCAAAGUGAAGGUGGAGCCGGUUGAGACAGUGGAAGGAUGCAAUCACGAGGUGGCUCUGCCAGCCAAUGAGGAGUACACACAGCUUAAGCCUCGUGUGGGGAAAGCAGCCAAGGAGUACCCCUUCAUUCUGGAUCCCUUCCAACGUGAGGCCAUUCUGUGUAUAGACAACAACCAGUCAGUGCUAGUGUCUGCCCACACCUCUGCAGGAAAGACUGUCUGUGCAGAGUAUGCCAUAGCUCUAGCCCUGAGAGGGAAGCAGAGGGUCAUCUUCACCAGCCCCAUCAAGGCCCUGAGUAACCAGAAGUACAGAGAGAUGUACGAAGAGUUCCAAGAUGUUGGCUUGAUGACUGGUGAUGUCACCAUCAACCCCACUGCCUCUUGCCUUGUCAUGACCACUGAGAUCCUGAGGAGCAUGUUGUACCGAGGGUCAGAGGUCAUGAGAGAGGUGUCCUGGGUCAUCUUUGAUGAGAUCCAUUACAUGAGAGAUGCAGAGCGUGGCGUGGUCUGGGAAGAGACCAUCAUCCUGCUCCCUGACAAUGUCCACUAUGUCUUCUUGUCCGCCACCAUCCCCAACGCCAAGCAGUUUGCUGAGUGGAUCUGCCACCUCCACAAACAGCCCUGUCACGUGGUGUAUACUGACUUUCGGCCCACCCCCCUGCAGCACUACAUCUUCCCAGCAGGUGGCGACGGACUUCACCUUGUGGUGGAUGAGAACGGAGAGUUCAGAGAGGACAACUUCAACACGGCCAUGCAGGUGCUGAGAGACACAGGGGACUCUGGGGGUAGCAGCGGAGGUGGCAAGUGGGACACCAAGGGACGCAAAGGAGGAACACGAGGGCCGUCCAACGUGUUCAAGAUCGUGAAGAUGAUCAUGGAGAAGAACUUCCAGCCGGUUAUCAUCUUCAGCUUCAGUAAGAAGGAGUGUGAGGCCUACGCCCUGCAGGUGUCCAAGCUGGACUUCAACACAGAUGAGGAGAAGCAGCUUGUAGAGGAGGUGUUUAACAACGCUGUAGACUGUCUGUCUGACGAUGACAAGAAGCUGCCUCAGGUAGAGAAUGUUCUACCACUACUGAAGAGAGGUAUAGGGAUUCACCACGGGGGACUGCUCCCCAUCCUGAAGGAAACCAUUGAGAUCCUCUUCUCUGAGGGGCUAAUUAAGGCGUUGUUUGCCACAGAGACCUUUGCCAUGGGCAUCAACAUGCCUGCCCGCACCGUCCUGUUCACCAGCGCACGCAAGUUUGACGGCAAAGACUUCCGAUGGAUCACGUCUGGCGAGUACAUCCAGAUGUCUGGCCGAGCUGGCAGGAGAGGGAUGGACGAGAGAGGCAUUGUCAUCUUCAUGGUUGAUGAGAAGAUGAGCCCUGCAGUGGGGAAACAGCUGCUCAAGGGCUCAGCUGACCCUCUCAACAGUGCAUUCCACCUCACCUACAACAUGGUUCUCAACCUGUUGCGAGUGGAGGAGAUCAACCCGGAGUACAUGCUGGAGAAGUCUUUCUACCAGUUUCAGCACUACAGGGCUGUGCCCGGCGUUGUAGAGAAGAUGGGGAAGCUGGAGAAGAUGUAUAACGCCAUAGAGAUCCCCAACGAGGAGAGUGUGGUCACUUACUAUAAGAUCCGCCAGCAGCUGGCUAAACUGGGCAAAGAGAUCGAAGAGUUUGUCCACAAACCCAAGUACUGCCUUCCUUUCCUCCAGCCUGGUAGACUGGUCAAGGUCAAAAACGAAGAUGUUGACUUUGGAUGGGGCGUGGUCGUUAAUUUCUCAAAGAAGUCAAACGUCAAGGCCAGUACAGGUGAUGCAGACCCUCUGUACGUGGUGGAGGUGCUGGUCCACUGUAGUCAGGAGAGUGUGAAGAAUGCAGCUACAGAGGCUGCUAAACCUGCUGCCACUGGGGAGAAGGGUGAAAUGCAGGUGGUUCCUGUGAUGCUCCGCCUCCUGACCUCUAUCAGUUCCGUCCGUCUCUACAUCCCCAAAGACCUCCGGCCUUAUGACAACAGACAAAGCAUGCUGAAAUCCAUACAGGAGGUGCAGAAGCGCUUCCCAGACGGAGUUCCCCUGCUGGACCCCAUUGAUGACAUGGGCAUCAAGGACCCAGGCCUGAAGAAGAUCAUCCAGAAGGUGGAGGCGUUCGAACACAGGAUGUACUCCCACCCCAUGCACUCUGACCCCAGCCUGGAGGCUGUCUACUCCCUCUGUGAGAAGAAAGCCCUGAUUGCAGGGGACAUUAAAGCGGCCAAGCGGGAGCUGAAAAAGGCUAGGACCGUCCUGCAGAUGGACGAGCUGAAGUGCAGGAAGCGUGUUCUGAGACGUCUGGGGUUCGCUACUUCCUCUGAUGUCAUCGAGAUGAAGGGCAGAGUGGCCUGUGAGAUCAGCAGUGCUGAUGAGCUGCUGCUGACUGAGAUGGUGUUCAACGGUCUGUUCAACGAUCUGACUGCAGAACAGGUUACUGCUCUGCUCAGUGUCUUCGUCUUCCAGGAGAAUGCGAAUGAGAUGCCCAAACUGACAGAGCAGCUGGCUGGACCACUGAGACAGAUGCAGGAGUGUGCCAAGCGCAUUGCCAAGGUGUCUGCAGAGGCUAAACUGGAGGUGGAUGAGGAGACCUACCUGGACAAGUUCAGGCCUCACCUGAUGGAUGUGGUCUACACCUGGGCUAACGGAUCCACCUUCGCUCAGAUCUGCAAGAUGACCGACGUCUUCGAAGGUAGUAUCAUCCGCUGUAUGCGUCGCCUGGAAGAGCUGCUGCGUCAAAUGUGUCAGGCAGCCAAGGCCAUCGGCAACACCGAGCUGGAGAAAAAGUUUGCAGAUGGUAUCACAAAAAUCAAGAGGGAUAUUGUGUUUGCUGCCAGUCUAUAUCUGUGAUUUGUUGUAUUUUGUGACUGGAACAUCAACUUUGUAAGAAUAAGAUUGUUUUUGUGUAAUUUCAUCAUGAUAUCAUCCAGACAAUGUUUUUUAAAUAUUUUUUAUUUGUAUUCAUGUUAAUAAGCAUGAAAUGGCUUUUUUUCCUUCCAAAAAGUGCAACACAUUUGUACAUAGUUAACACAAUUUUAAUUAAAAAAAACGUCUGUAGUGAUUUUUUUUACAUACGGAUGGAUAAAAAAGG